AUGGACCCAACCCCGGAGAUGAAGAGGAAUAGGUUCCCCAGCAUGAACUUUGAAGCAGAGAUUCUGACAGCUCCACACGAUAAUUCAGAGCUAUAUGUGAUCCCUUCCAUGAGAAGUCUCACGGCUGAGGAGUAUGUCGAGGCCUUUAAGUCAUUUUUGGAUCAUUCAACAGAGCACCAGUGCAUGGAGGAGUUCAACAGGGAAGAAAUGCCUAACAUCAUGGCUAGUCUCGGCAAUGGAAAAUCGACUAUAAAUGUUCUAGGAGUUGGAAGCGGCACAGGCGAGCAGGAUUUGAAAAUGAUCAGGGUACUGCAGGCUGCGCACCCAGGGGUCCUUAUUGACAACGAAAUCAUAGAGCCCAACCCACAGCACGUGGCAGCUUACAAAGAGUUGGUGAAUCAAGCUCCAGACCUUCAGAAUGUCUCUUUUAUUUGGCACCAGCUCACUUCCUCAGAGUAUGAACAGCAGGUGAAAGAGAAAGGCGCACAUAAGAAAUUUGACUUCAUCCAUAUGAUCCAGAUGCUGUACCGUGUGGAGGAUAUUCCCAAUACUAUCAAGUUUUUCCACAGCUGCCUCGACCAUGAUGGUAAACUGCUGAUAAUAAUUUUAUCAGACAGUAGCGGAUGGGCCAGCCUAUGGAAGAAGUACAGACACUGCUUGCCUUCCACAGACAGCGGCCACUACAUCACCUCCAACGGCAUCACGGAUGUUUUGAAGAGACUGGGUGUUGUGUACCGCGUCUAUGAGUUCUCGUCGGGCUGGGAUAUCACCGAGUGCUUUAUCGAGGGGGACCCGGUUGGGGGUCACAUGAUGGAUUUUCUGACGGGGACAAAAAACUUCCUGGGCACAGCCCCGCCGGGGCUGCGGCGGCAGCUGCAAGAAGCUCUCUGCCAGCCCGAGUGCAGCAGCAGGAGGGAUGGGAGGAUCAUCUUCAGCAACAACUUGAGUAUGAUUGUGGUUGAAUCCUAG